GACGCCGUGACAAUGUGAGUUUGACACCCCUGCAUAGAGGAAAAGAGGGCUAUGAUUUAUUCGGAAUAGAUAAUAGAUAAAUCAGAUCUGUUAAUUUAAGGUGGCAAGUUGAGUGAUUUAAUGGACAAGAUUUCAUCAAUAAAUACUGAAAGAGAUGAAGUCUGGAGAAAGUAGUAGGAGAGAAAGAUAGCUAAUUAGUUUUCCUAUGGAAGCUAGUAAUACAUGAAGUAAAGAAAGAGGACUAAGUACAGCAUGAAACACAGAAAAUAAUUUCAGAAUUAGACCUGUAUUGUAAUACAAGCUAGGAAGAUAAAAUACAGAGAAGGACAGUUGAAAUGAAUAAAAGCAGUUAGAUAGUUUGAUUUUUCCUUAGCAUAUGCUUAGCAACUUGGGGACACAUACCAAAUGGAGUCAUGAAAAUACAUGUCACGUUUGCUUGAACAGUGGAGCAUUGGCUGAGAGGGGAUAAAAGUAAAGAAAAAAGUCUAGGAAGAGGUCAGAAGUUGGAGAUAAAUAAUGGAAAUAAACUUCAAGAAAUAUAUUAUUAGAUUGUAGGUCACAGUACAAGCAAGAUGUUGAGUGGUACAAACAGUGAGAUGGGGAGGAUGUAUUAAAAGUGACAGUGUGAUGUUCAAACAAGAAAAAAUAUCCAUAAUGGAAAGAGCUAAAGAGUACAGUUCUUAAAGAUCAAUGGAGUGACCAUGGCAGCAAAUAGUAGAAAUGAAAAGUGGGUGCCAGUGAUGGAAAUGUAACUUGAAGACGAGAGGUAGCUAGAUUUUUUCUUGAAGAUUGAAGUCACAAGGGAACAAUCUGGAUGUGUUAUGAAAGAAAGCAAAAGCUAACAACUCAGACAAUAUGGAAGAAAAAGCCCAGGAGAAUGACAUAGCAACAAAGCGCUGCCAGAGAGAAUACAAAGGCACAGAAUGACUGCCAAAAAUUUAAGAAGCAAUCAAAGCUGAAACAUACAGGUGGCCUCCAAUUUCCCUUCUGUUUGUUGGUUUUUGAAAAAAAAAACCCCACAAAGAGCUCUGAUAGGAGAGCAGCAGUGAGGGCAGUUUCCAAAGAGAGGGCAUAUUUUGGUGUCGAAAGAAAUUUGUUACAGUUAGCCUAACUGUUUUGUGCAAAGGCAUCAUGAGCUGAAGCAGCUGCAGUGAAUGAAAGGUGGUGGAUGAGUGACUGUAACAAUGCUAGAGGCAACAGGGAACAGGCUGAGACAAGGGACUAAGAGGGUGAAAUGAUUAGAAAUCUGAGAGAACAAGAAGUGACCUACAUCAAAAGAAAGAAAGCAGUAGGGCAGAAAGUAAACAUUUUAAAGGUGCAGAUCUGAAGUAUCAGAUGCCUACAUUUACACAGUCAAUAAUAGUGUGACUAGAGUUUUCCAUGUCCAUUUAUGUCUUUUGAGAAGGGUGGGGGGAGGCUUUCAGGCUAUUUUAUGGCAGCAGGAUAUAAGCAGUGUUUCCUUUCUGAGCAUGUGUUGUGCAUUUUUAUAUAAACAGGAAAAAAACCAUAGUCAACAUGUCGUUUUUCAUUUCUAAAUCAAGCCCAAUAAUACAUAUUAACAUAUUGACUAUGAAUGCUCCCUCUCCCUGUGGAGAAUUUAGCUCUAAUUUUAACACUCACGCUUUUAGGAAGAUGAUUCUUUAGGGUUUGAAGUUAUCUCUGUAGAGCCAUUUCGUAAUAAUCUGCCUUGCUUGAGUCUGAUCACUGCAGUUGAUUCCAUGCAUUGAUAAUGAAGCCUGAAGAUUGUUUGUUUCUCGGUAUAAAUCCACUCCAAAUACCUUCUACUUCAACAGUGCUGUGUGUAUAUAUUUCAGUACAAGUGAAUGUGUGGAACUAAAAUUGCUGCAAUUUCUUUACAAAUGACUCAGUAUGCUUGUCCUUCCCUAAAAUGCUGCCAGCGUGUAAAGGAUUUUCAAUGAGCAGUGCAAAUAAGCCAGCAGUGGAGAAGGUUUGAAGCUGCACUGGUAUAACAGUUUCCUGGCACACAGAUGAUCAGGGCUGGAGAUCCAGGUCUCUGUAGUAUCCAACCCAUCUUCUGUUGCUGGUCACAAAUUGGAAGUUUUGAAUUUCUAGCCUGGUGUCUUUUACAAGCUGGAUAUUUAGCACGACAGUACCAUCAUGUGGAGUGGACUUCCUAGCAGAGGUAGCACGUGCCAUAGUACUUCACUCCCAGCGCUUGUCCGGACACCUACCCUUGUGAUGCAGCCCUCUCUGGAUGUCAAAUCAUUUGUGUCCUUCCCUGUGGAGACCAGUUCUGCUGUUGGGCUCUUCCCAAAUUUUAACACUAUGGACCCAGUGCAAAAAGCUGUCAUAAACCACACAUUUGGCGUGUCACUCCCUCUAAAGAAGAAACAAGUCAUCUCCUGCAAUGUGUGUCAACUUCGCUUUAAUUCUGAUAGCCAGGCUGAGGCCCACUACAAAGGAAGUAAACAUGCCAAGAAGGUCAAAGCACUAGAAGCAACGAAAACUAGACCAAAAGCAAGUGUUUCCAAGAACAGCGCAAUGGCUAACAUGAACGGCUCUGCCACGCCGGUCCCGGCCAACAUCUCUAACAAAUCAGACAGGGCAAUUCUGAAAGCUAAUGACUCUAGUCAACUUUCAAGGGCUGAAACGGUCACCUUUAUAUCUGAGUCUGUCAGUGCAGCAGCAGCAGUAGCAGCAGCUACAAUAACCACACCUUUGUGGCCAGUUUCUUCCAAGAGCACAAAUGGGACCACAAUUGCCAUUUCUGAAUCCGAAGAGGAGAAAGCCAAAAAAUUACUGUAUUGUUCAUUAUGCAAAGUGGCUGUGAAUUCUUUAUCUCAGUUAGAAGCACACAACACAGGUUCCAAGCACAAGACAAUGGUUGAAGCUAGGAAUGGUGCUGGUCCAAUUAAAUCUUAUCCUCGGCCUGGAUCCAGAUUGAAGACUCAUGGAACUAGUAUGGGUUCAGGACUACAGAACAAAACUUUUCAUUGUGAGAUUUGCGACGUCCAUGUCAAUUCAGAAAUUCAGCUGAAGCAGCACAUUUCUAGCAGAAGGCACAAGGACAAAGUUGCAGGGAAACCCACAAAACCGAAAUACAGUCCUUACAACAAACUACAGCGUAAUCCAAACAUUCUAGCGGCAAAGCUGGCCUUCCAAAAAGAUCUUCUUAAGCCUUUGGCACCUGCCUUUCUCUCUUCUCCUCUGGCUGCCGCCGCUGCGGCAGUAUCCACAGCUCUGACUCUCCCACCACGACCGUCCGCUGCUCUCUUCCAGGCUUCUGCAAUACCCACAGCUCUCCUAAGGGCAGGACAUGGGCCUCUCCGAGCUACUCCAGCAUCUAUCCUCUUUGCUCCCUACUGAAUUGGGAAUAAGCAAGGCAUAACUUUGGCCAUGUGGAACAAGGACAAAAGAAGACGAGAGCAAGAUUCCCCCUCCCCCCCCUUUUUUUUAUAAGAUUUGUGUUUUUAAGAUCUCGUGCUUGAUUCCAUCCUUAGAAAAUAAGUUACAAAAACUCACUGGCAGGAAUUGCAAUCUAGAAUCCAUUUUGGGGGGAGUGUUAAAUAAAGUUCAGAUACCUGCUUUACAAAGACAAAAACAUAUUGUUCACAAAAUAUAUCAAAGGUUCAUCGAUCUGUUUUAACUAGACAUUAUGAUUUGUAAACAAGGAAUGUGGAAUAUUUUCCUGUAUGACUUGAAAAACCAGAAUUGUAUACAUGGGUCUCUGGAAGCCAACUUGUUCAUAUCCUGGUGAGUAGAUUCUGGUGUGCCACAAAAGCUAGAUGAAGGAAUUAGUUUGCUGAAAACAUUUCAGUACUGGAUUGCAACUUCUUAUUACCUAAUGUACUCCCAUUCCUUUAAUACGUGUCUUGUUUAGGCCUUAGUUAGUAUGAGUACAUCUUGUGUAACGCUGCGGAUUUAUCUCUCACUUGAUUUCAAAUCAUUUUGGUGGCAGUGCAAAUAUUUAGAAGCACAGCUCAGCCUUGAAUUUUUCUGUUUGAAAAUUUAAUGUCUUUAAUUUAUCAUUUUAUUUAGAAGGACUCAGAAGUAACAAAGCCAUAUAUCCCAUAAAUAAGAUGAUGACUUGUUUACAAUUUUUAUUUUAUUUAUUUUGCAUUCAGUUAUUCUCCCCCCUGCCUCGUUGCUAAACAUCCACUUCAAAGACAUUUCAUCAUUUAUAUGUUUACUAAAGAGAUUGUGCACAUUGUUCAAUCAGAUAAUGAGCUGACAUAUUUAUUAUUCAUACAUAUCCCUUCACACUCAUGUAUAUACAUAUCUCAAUUUGGUUUGCAUUUCUAAACUUCUUUCCUAUAGAAUGAUGGCUGCAUACAGUUGUGGCUCCCAAUGCAAUAAUGUACAGGAGAUAAAAUAUUUAUAAAACAAAUUGUUUGUUCUGUUGAUGAAUAUUAUUAUUUUAGCCUUCCAGUCUGCUUUUCUCCCCACACCAUUUUAUCAACAUAAUUUGGGCACUGAGGACAUACUGUAUGUCUUGCUUGGGAAAAUGAGGGUAUUCUCCGAAAGCAUCUUUGCUUGCAAUCUGUAAAGAAAAUAUAUUUAUAUUUUUAAAAGUACAUUUUAAUAAAAUACCGUGGGAAAAUAAUAAUAUAAUUUAUUAAUGAGAAAAAAAUUCAUGUGACACUCUUAAAUGAGCUCUGUACUGGUAAAACGACAUUACACAGAAUUUAUUUUUAAAACUUUGAUAACUGAAUCAUGGUAUAGCUCACUUACAUAAAACUGUACGAUCACUUGAUUAAACUUUCAUGGGUAAUGAAUGACUAAAGUUAUGAAUACAUAAUAGAUACUUUGCAUAUCACUCUGAGAAGCUUAGUAUCAUGACGUGCUGUUUUUUAAGAAACAAAAAUCUAUAGUACUGUAUACAUACUUUAAGGGGUUAUUUAAAAAAAGCAUCUCAGAGUCCAUCAUUUUAUCUCUUCAGUUGAUUACUGAAUAUUUCUGGGCUAAGCAUCUUUUGCUGUUCCCCUGCUUCUGGUAAUCAGAGCUCUACUGCCUCUGAACGUAAUGAUUAAUAUUAAAUAUUAACAUGAUUUCUGGCAGACCACUUUUCCAAUUUCCUGUUAUAGUAUCGAAUUGAAAGAUACAUAAACCUAAAUCUAUUUGUCUGAUGUGUGACUGUAUUUGGCUUUGAUUAUUAAAUCUGGGGGGGGGGGGGAAAUCAUCCUAUUUUCUCAAAUGGGAAGGGAAAAGUUUUGUCAAUUUCCAAUGGUAAUUGAGGCAUGGAUUCCUAAAUUUAAAAUUUGGCAUCAAAUCCCACAUGAAAUUAGACUGUUCCAAUCAGAAUUUUCUGAUUGUACAGACUCUGGAAUAGCCAUGACAGUUCUGAUAUCUGAGCAUAAUAACUAACAAUGUGAAAUAUGAUAGCCGUUUUUCAAGAUGGGAGCAAUACUAUUAGGCAAAAAAGGUAACAACAGUUCUCAGAGUAUAUUUUUACUAAACACAGAAACUUAACCCCACCAAAAUGCAAUCAAGAAAUUUUAUCACUCUGUUUAUAAAGGGUUUGAUUAUAUUACAAGUGGUUCUAGGUUAGGGUUAUGACCACUCAGCGACCAUUCAAACUUAUGACAAUGCCGAAGGAGUGAGUUGUGGCUUCACAGUGCCCACAUAGUCACAUGAUCACAAUUAAGGCACUCAAUACCUGGCUCACAAUUAUGAUGUCGUAGCAAGUCAUGUGAUCCUGAUUUCCAAUGUUCUCUGCUGGCUUUCCUCAAGCAGAGUCGAUGGAGAAGCCAGCAGGAAGUCAGAAGACUUAGUUACAUGAGGUCCUUGCUUAAUGCAGCAACUGAGACUGCCACAAUUGGUAUUGAUAAGUUGUGCAGUCACGUGACAUUGUGCUUUAUGACAAUGUCCAUUAGUGACAGCAAUUCCAGUCUUAAUUGAUGUUGUAAACCGAGAACUACAGUUUGUUGCAAUGUAAUUCAGGUGCAACUGUCUUUUUGAGCCAUGCUUCAUUUCCCUGGAAAAAAGUUCCAUAAAUAACAUCUGUGUGUUGUUACUGAAAUUAAAUUUUGCAGUCAAGUCUUCCUUUUUAUCUAUGUGUGUGUUUAGAAAUCCCUAAAUCACAUUAUAUACAGGGGGCUGUAGAAAAAGACAAUGUCGUAAUACAGAGUCUAGAAGUGUGGUGUCUGAAUAAGAUAAAUGAAAGGGCCUUUCUAGUUUCAUCAUAGAGACCUAUCUAGUCCUAAUAAUUUGAAAGCUCUGAAUGAACACUUGCCUCUAGUUUUGGAGCAAGUUAAACUGCACUGGUAAAUGUCUAUUUUGUUCUCCCUUCAGUAAAAUUUUCUGCUUGGGGUCUGCAGAUGACCCUUAUCAGACAUGCAAUAGAAAAAGAGAAACACAUCCUCUAUUAGAUAAUACGCAUAGCAGAACAAUAUAUUGAUCUAUACAUCCAAAUAGUUAUGGCUCCUGCUUAGGCCUUUCCAUUGGUGAAGUUUGCAGGUGAAAGACCCAAAGGGGGGGCAAAGGAUAGCAUAUUAUCCACCUACAUUACAUCAUAAAAAUAAAGUUUUGUUCUGAGCCUUCACUCUAACUCUUAGGUUCAGGUGCUAAUAAUUCAAAUGUCUCCAUGUUUAUUCCAAUAGUUUUAAUUAUAUUUAGAUUCUAGAAAGUCUGAGUAGUCUUAAGAGCCAGUUCUGACAUACGUUGACUUAAUAAUUGCCAAAACUUUAAAGCCAUUCAUUUCUCAGGAACAGACCUUGCUACUGGUUGCUACCCUGUUGUUUACACACAGCUCCUCAUACCUUUACUAUAUUAGGUACCAGCAGGAAUGUUACUACAUUGGAAAGAAUGUAAUAUUAUGAACACACACUUAUUUUCUUUGUGGCGGCUUUAAUUCCUGCACAACACAACACAAAACUGACAUUUCCAGGUACCUAUCAUCCCAUUUGUUGUUGGGAUUUAAUCUCUAUAUGUAAACAUGAGCCUGAUUUGUGGUAGUUGUAACUGCAUGGACAAAACCCCACCCUCUUUAUAUGUAUUGCGCAUCAUCAUAUGUAAAAAGGAGCUGGGUUUUGUCUUCCAUCUUGAUUUUCUGGAAACCUCUCUUCCCCAUGGAGGUUUAACACCUUCUCUCAUUAGGAGAUCCUAAUUUUUGUCAGGAUCACCAGAUGCAGAGAUGUUUAGUUCAAGAACCUGUUCAGGAAUAGACAGACAGGAAAUAAAGUGAUGCUUAUUAUAAUCACAGGUUUCUGACUCAGAAAUGUGUUGCAGCAAUGAUGGCAUUGUUGAUUAUCUGCAGUGUUUCCUUCGUCUAUAGCUGUAACAGAAUAAUAUUUGGGCUCCCACUGUAGUUGGUUUUUUAAAAUAAAAAUCCUUCUGAAAAUGUUAUUUAAUGCCAGUUCAGGGAACUCUGUGGUGUUAUUAUGAGUUUCAAUAUCAUUAUACCGGGGUCAUUGAGAACUACAGGUAGACCUUGGCUUACAAACAUUUGUGUAGUAAUUGUUCGAAGAUACAACAGCAUUGAAAAAAAAUGACAAUUUUUCACACUGAAUGACCAUUGCAGCAUUCCUACGGUAACAUAAUCAAAAUUUGGAUGCAUGGCAACUGGCAUGUUUUUAUAAUGUUGCAAUGUCCUUGGGACAUGUAAUCAUCUUUUGCAACCUUCUGACAAGCAAAGUCAAUGGGGAAGCCAGACCCGCUUAACAACCAUGUUAGUAAUUUAACAACUGCAGUGAUUCGCUUAGCAGCCGUGGCAAGAAGAAAGGUCGUAAAAUGGGGCAAAACUCACUUAACAACUUGUCUUGCUAUAAUAAUGGAAAUUUUGGGCUCAAUUGUCAUAAGUCUUUUUUUCCGCUUUUCUGUAAAAUAUGUGAGAGAGAUAGAAUUUUUUUUUAAGGAGGACAUUUAGGAAACCUCCCAAACACAGCUGAAAUAGAAGGAAAGCUGUCUAAAAAUGAAAUUCAAAUGGGAUGGUGAUAUGUGGGUGCAGGAAAAUAUUACAUUGCUUUGACAAAACAACAGCUUGAAUGUUUAUCUCUUAUUACAACAAAGCGAGAUAAAAAUGUUUGAAAGCUUAUAACUCCGUAUUUCUUAUGCAAAUAAAUAAUUAAGUUGUUAUGUA